AUGCAAUUUUUCCAACCAGUUGCUCAGAAGAAUGCAAGUUGCGCGGAUCCCGCAGAGAGGCUUUGGCCCGCCAUCUUUGUGAGUUCGCCCCGUAGCUCCGGAGCCCGAGAUCCAAUAGCAAUGAAAUUAAUAUGGGACCACGUGGGACCAAUAGCAAUGAAAUUAAUAUGGGACCACGUGGGACCAAUAGCAAUAUGGGACCACGUGGGACCAAUAGCAAUGAAAUUAAUAUGGGACCACGUGGGACCAAUAGCAAUGAAAUUAAUAUGGGACCACGUGGGACCAAUAGCAAUGAAAUUAAUAUGGGACCACGUCAUCAUCAUCCUCCUGCCCUUCCACCUUUGCCACCUAAGUCGGAUGAAGGUGGAAGGCACCUUAGAAAUGGUGCUAUCGAGUCAUCUUGUUUUUUCCAGGAACUCAAUUAACGUCACGGAAACA